AUGGAUAAGGAGUUAGCUAAAUGGGUUGAGGUUAACUCUUUGUGUGAGAACGUUUUUGUGAUGGCUACUGAUACUUGUUUCUCGGUUUUGGCGAAUGAGUUUUAAGGAUGCUUGCGUAAUUCGAAGAGAAGAAUAGAGAAAGGAGAAAACCCGAAUAAUUGA